AUGACAGAUGAGAACGGGAAGCGCAAGGCUUCCGACGAGCCGCACUCGCCCACGGCGUCGAAGCGCGUUAAGCACGACAACUCCGCCGAACCAGAGAAACCGCUUGCUAAGAUCCCAGCGAUCCCGUUCCCGGAAAAGCCCGCAGUCAUCGAAGAGCGCAACGGCGAGAUCGAAUUCAGGGUGGUCAACAACGACAACGAGCGCGAGAGCCUUAUCAUUCUCACCGGUCUCAAAUGUAUCUUUCAAAAGCAGCUACCGAAAAUGCCCAAGGACUAUAUUGCUCGCCUAGUCUACGACCGUACUCACUUGUCGAUAGCGAUCGUGAAGAAGCCGCUCGAAGUGGUGGGCGGAAUCACCUACCGGCCAUUCAAGGGACGUCAAUUCGCUGAGAUUGUCUUUUGCGCCAUAUCUUCCGAUCAACAAGUCAAGGGCUAUGGCGCCCAUUUGAUGUCCCAUCUCAAGGACUAUGUCAAAGCGACCUCGGACGUGAUGCACUUCUUGACAUACGCCGACAACUAUGCUAUCGGGUACUUCAAAAAACAAGGCUUCACCAAGGAGAUCACUCUCGACAAAUCUAUAUGGAUGGGAUAUAUCAAGGAUUACGAAGGAGGCACCAUCAUGCAGUGUACAAUGCUGCCACGGAUUCGCUAUCUGGAAAUGGGUCGUAUGCUUCUCAAGCAAAAGGAGUGCGUUCAGGCCAAGAUUCGGGCGUUUUCGAAGUCCCACAUUGUUCACCAACCGCCAAAACAAUGGCAGAAGAACGGGGUCUCUCCGAUCGACCCCCUUUCCAUCGAAGCGAUUCGCGCUUCGGGCUGGUCUCCCGAUAUGGACGAGCUGGCUCGGCAGCCGCGGCACGGGCCGAACUACAACCAACUCCUUCACCUACUUAACGACCUCCAGAACCAUCAAUCGAGUUGGCCGUUCCUGAUGCCGGUUAAUAAGGACGACGUCAUGGACUACUACGAUGUAAUCAAGGAGCCCAUGGACCUCUCGACAAUGGAGACGAAGCUCGAGGCGGACCAGUACAACACACCCGAAGACUUCAUCCGCGAUGCGAAGCUCGUUUUCGACAACUGCCGCAAGUACAACAACGAGACCACACCAUAUGCCAAAUCGGCCAACAAACUCGAAAAGUUCAUGUGGCAGCAGAUCCGUGCCAUCCCGGAGUGGUCGCAUCUUGAGAACUCCUAG